CACUUGGCAGAGAGAGGGGUGGAAGCACGAAGUUAGGCGUCUUCAGUGAUUGUGAAAUGUUUCGGAAAGGCGAUAUUUUAUCUGUUCACCCUGUAUCUGAUGCAUGAAUUAAUCGAAUUUAUUUUGAAAAAAGAGGAAAGCUUGUGUGGGAGCGGGAAAGAGGCGGAAAAUGGCUGUUAGUCGCGUCCUUUGAAGUAUUUUUCCUGUGAUCUAUUUUUUUUUCCCCACUGGACUGGGUCGACUAACUGCAGCCUGAGACGCGCUCGCUUACUGAAGUGAACAGCCUCAUGUUUUCACCGGGUCAAGAGGAGCACUGUGGACCCACGAAAGAGCCUGUGAAGUACGGGGAGCUGGUGGUUCUCGGGUACAAUGGAUCUCUCCCCAGUGGAGAUCGAGGGCGGCGGAGGAGCCGUUUUGCCCUUUACAAGAGAGCCAAGGCCAAUGGUGUCAAACCCAGCACCGUACACAUCCUAAACAACCCCCAGGCGAGCAAGGCUGUAAACUGUAAAGGCCAGCACAGUAUCUCCUACACUCUGUCCAGAAACCAGACUGUGGUCGUGGAGUACAGCCAUGACAAAGACACGGACAUGUUCCAGAUUGGGCGAUCAACGGAGAGCCCCAUUGACUUUGUGGUGACUGACACAGUGUCUGGGGGUGGGGACAGCGAAGAGACGCCCAUCACUCAGAGCACAAUCUCACGUUUUGCCUGUCGAGUGGUGUGUGAACGCAACCCUCCAUACACUGCUCGCAUCUAUGCUGCAGGCUUUGAUUCUUCCAAGAACAUCUUUCUAGGGGAGAAAGCAGCCAAAUGGAAGAAUCCAGAUGGUCAGAUGGAUGGGUUGACAACCAAUGGUGUGCUGGUGAUGCAUCCGCGGGGUGGGUUCACAGAAGAGUCCAAGCCCGGCGUGUGGAGAGAGAUAUCUGUGUGUGGAGAUGUUUAUACGCUGAGAGAGACUCGCUCUGCACAAACACGAGGAAAAUUGGUGGACAGUGAGAGCAACGUGCUGCAGGACGGUUCUCUGGUCGACCUGUGCGGAGCGACACUGCUGUGGCGCACCGCCGAGGGCCUCUUCCAUACCCCUACGCAGAAGCACCUGGAGGCCCUGCGACAGGAGCUGAAUGCAGCCCGGCCCCAGUGCCCCGUGGGCCUCAACACCCUGGCCUUCCCUAGCAUGCAGCGCUGCAGCCGAGCUGUGCCCAGUGUCGCUUUGCAGGAGGAUAAGCAGCCAUGGGCCUACCUGGCCUGCGGCCAUGUCCACGGUUAUCACGACUGGGGUCACCGCUCUGAAAGGGAGCCCAAUGCCCAGAGGGAGUGCCCCAUGUGCAGAGCUGUGGGUCCCUAUGUGCCACUGUGGCUAGGCUGUGAACCAGCCUUCUACGUGGACACAGGCGCACCAACAUAUGCCUUUGUGCCAUGUGGUCAUGUGUGCUCUGAGAAGUCUGCCCGCUAUUGGUCGGAAAUCCCCUUACCGCAUGGUACCCAUGCUUUCCAUGCUGCUUGCCCGUUCUGCGCCACCCAACUCAAUCUCACACAGGGAUGCUCCAAACUCAUCUUCCAGGGCCCUGUAGACUGAGCCUGAAUGUUCAAGGUAGUGGUGGUGUAAUGGAAAAUGGCUUUAUCCACAUGAAGCCUGGGUUGAAGCUGUAGAUGGAACAGAGAACAUGAUAAAGGAUUGUUGCACACCGUAAGCUGUGAAGCUAUCCUCACGUAUUGAAAUACUUUGAGGAGCAUAAGGAAGAUUUUGCCCAGCUUGGUGCUCUAUUCAGUCUGUCGCAAUUAUCUUGAACUUGGCCUGGAGAUCGACUGGGUUUUUGGCCAUGAAAUUCAGACAGUGAGUCUGUUUUUUAUACUAUGAACUGUUGGAUUGGUCCACAGGAAUUUGACCCCACCAGCAUCAUGAAAACACUCUGAGAACACUUUCAAACAACGUUGCUGAGCCUUGUUUAGAUCCAAUGAUUUUAAAAUAAGGUAUUUAAAAGCUGCAGGCCGAGUUUAUUAGUCACCAGAUUAUCACAAUUAAGCUUCAAGCUAUUUUGGGAUUACUUCACUUAAACCUAUAGAUUUAUACAAAGUUUCUCAAAAUUCAAACACUGACCGCAACAUUUGUUUUGGAUUUGACCUACCAAAAUAGUUGUUGUCCAAAGAUAAAAAGCAGCCAAAGCUGAAAUUAUAGGCUACCUAGAUCAGCCUUUGCCAGAUCAGGGAUAAAUAUGGAUCACUCACAGCCAGUGCUUGAUCAUGAACAGGAUUAUGCAUUAUUAAAAUAGGUAUAGGUUAAAAGUGGUUUAUAGUUUCUAGCUCUUUUUUGUUUUAACCAACUAACGUCUCUGAACGGUAAGAUUCUCUCUAACAGUUGCAGACUUAAUGUUUUCAGUAUAUGCUGUUUUAUUGUACUGUAAAUCCUGAACCGCUUGCAUUGCUGAAAGGAACAGUAUGCAAUCAGGACUGAUGGGAGCAUCAUGCUCUGUAAUCGACAUCUAAACCUUAAUGAGCUAGUACCUGUUUUGAACCAAAAGCUGGUCAUUUGUCACUUUUGGAGGUUUGAGGUAUUUGAAACAACCCAGAAACUGCCUUUAUUCAGCAGGCUGGCAGCUUCAGGCUACCCCUUUCUUUUUGAUCCCAAAUUUGUCAUUGGUGGAAAUUCAAAUAUUAAUAGGAUGUGAACAUGUUUUAUAAGGUUGUUUUAAGAUGAAAGAAUUUUUUAUUCUUCUAUUUUUCUUAACCUUUGUACAGAGAUGGAGAUUAGUGCCUGCAAAUGGGGGAAUUUUUUACUGAGGUUUGAAUGAGCUAUUUUAAUCAGAAGAUGAGGUUAUUGCAUUUUUCAAAGAUUAUAAAAGAUUUAAAAGAAAACAGCCCUGUUUUUGUCUUCUGUUCUCUCUGCAGAUGUAUUUUACUACUACCACAUGCAUGUACAGUUUUCUAACAGAAGAACUAUUUAUUCAGAAAGUGUCUUGUAUUUUAAACAAGUUCCCAUUUUCUAAAAUGGGACGGUUAUUUCGAAUUCAGUAUUGCAUCAUGUCCUGACGAUACUGUCGCCUGGAAGCUGUGACUAAUGUCAAAAGUUGAACAGAAACGCUUGUUUUGUUGGGAAUGAUGUACUGCCUGGCAAAUGUUCACUGGUAGAACCAAAUACAUCUGACUAAAGCAA